CACGGAUCCAUCCGGCUGGUCCAGGCACCACUGGCGCCCCUCUGUGGCGAUUUCCCAAUCCCACUAUCCGAAGCCACAAGUCAGAAGCCGCUGUAGAACGCUUAGCCAAACUCUAGACUCGAAGGGACGUAAGGCGCAGCUACCUGCCGCGCAGGCGCGAAGCCCUGCUUUCUUCACAAAGACCGAGGGAGGAGGGGUCAGCGCAAACCGUCGGUGUCUCCCAGAAACAACGUUAUCAUCUCGCCUCCAGGCAUACGGAACGCAGCGCAACGCAUGCGCCUUGAAGACUUUCAGAACUUAUUUCACCUUCGGGGCGGCGGUGACGUGAUGACGUCAAGGAACGGAAGCCGGGAGGGAACUAGGGCGGAAGGGGACCAGGGCCAGGCUUGUGUUCAGAGCCUUACCGGGGCUGGGGUUCCGAUGUGGUCCCCGGAGCGGGAGGCCGAGGCCCCUACCGGGGGAGACCCGGCGGGCCUACUGCCCCCCGAGUGGGAGGAGGACGAGGAGCGCAUGUCCUUCCUGUUCUCCGCUUUCAAGAGGAGUCGCGAGGUGAACAGCACCGACUGGGACAGCAAGAUGGGCUUCUGGGCGCCGUUGGUACUGAGCCACAGCCGCCGCCAGGGGGUGGUGCGCCUGCGUCUGCGGGACUUGCAGGAGGCCUUUCAGCGCAAGGGGAGCGUCCCGCUGGGGCUGGCCACGGUGCUGCAGGACCUGCUGCGUCGAGGAGAGCUGCAGCGGGAGUCAGACUUCAUGGCCAGUGUAGACAGCAGCUGGAUCUCCUGGGGGGUCGGGGUCUUCCUGCUGAAGCCUCUCAAGUGGACUCUUUCUAACAUGCUGGGAGAUAAUAAGGUUCCAGCCGAGGAGGUCCUUGUGGCUGUGGAGCUGCUGAAGGAAAAGGCUGAGGAGGUGUAUCGUCUGUAUCAGAACUCGCCCCUCUCCUCCCACCCCGUGGUGGCCCUGUCAGAGCUCAGCACCCUCUGUGCUAACUCCUGCCCAGAUGAGAGGACCUUCUACUUGGUGUUGCUGCAGCUGCAGAAGGAGAAGAGGGUCACAGUCCUCGAGCAGAACGGGGAGAAGAUUGUGAAGUUUGCUCGGGGGCCACAUGCCAAGGUCUCCCCAGUCAACGACGUAGAUGUUGGGGUGUACCAACUGAUGCAGAGCGAACAGCUUCUCUCACGUAAAGUGGAGUCCUUAUCCCAGGAAGCAGAGAGGUGUAAAGAAGAAGCCCGCCGGGCAUGCCGAGCAGGAAAAAAGCAGCUGGCACUCAGGUCUCUCAAGGCCAAGCAACGGACAGAGAAGCGCAUCGAGGCCCUGCAUGCCAAGCUGGACACUGUUCAAGGCAUCCUGGACCGGAUCUAUGCCUCCCAGACAGAUCAAAUGGUCUUUAAUGCCUACCAGGCUGGGGUAGGAGCACUCAAACUCUCCAUGAAGGAUGUCACAGUGGAGAAGGCAGAGAGCCUCGUGGAUCAGAUCCAAGAGCUCUGUGACACCCAGGAUGAAGUUUCUCAGACUCUGGCUGGUGGGGUAACCAAUGGCUUAGAUUUUGACAGUGAAGAACUGGAGAAGGAAUUGGACAUCCUUCUUCAGGAUACCACCAAAGAACCUUUGGAUCUGCCUGACACCCGCCGUGAUAGGCAUUUUACCAACAGUGUGCCUAACCCUAGGAUCUCAGAUGCUGAACUUGAAGCUGAACUUGAGAAACUGUCCUUAUCAGAGGGAGGUUUGGUCCCAAGCAGUAAAUCUCCGAGAAGGCAAUUGGAACCGACUCUAAAGCCAUUGUAGGACCCUCCAGUGAAGGACCCUCAUGUAAAAGAGAGACCAGGCUUGUUGAGUGUGUACAUAGUUAUUUAAACAAGAAACUCUGAGAAUGUGUUUGGAAGAGGAGGAAGGAGAGCCACUGAUUAAUCUGGAUGCUCCUAUUACUACAGGACAGAUAGAAUUUCUGGAAGGGAUGCUCCACAGGCUUGCUCCCAGCUGUGUCCUGGACCUGCCUUCUCAUCUUUCUAGUGCCACGAUUUAUACAGUCCUGUGUCUGACCUGUCAUUUCCUAGCCCGCAGUUCUUGCCAUUGGCACAGUUAGGUUUGUCUUCACCCACCAGCUUUGUUUCCAGCCCAUGAAGGGGAAAGAUUUGCAGCUUUGCCAAAUCCAAAUCAGUUCCCCCUUCCCCCCCGCGGUUUUUCAGAGGGGUUUAUCUUGUCGCUAAUGUCAGUUAAAUAACGUAUUCCUGUCCCACUUGAUUUUCACUGGUAAGAGAAGAAUGAGAAUGAAACACUUCGAGGUUUGAUUUGAGGGGACUUAGCUGUCAUUUUGUGGAGGAACAUAGAGUGUAAAAGGUUUUUCUCUAGGAUCAUUUGUCAGAAUUCUCCAGGUGUUCAGGGCAAGAGGUCUCCCCGGGUGGCCCAGAGUCGUGACAGUCCAGAGGGGCUGGCGUGUUUGGUGGGCGCCGCCUCCUCAUCAGAUGAAGCAGGAGGUACGCCGGUGGAGAAAGGCUUCUUCUGCGCCUUCUGCACUCGCGUGGGAAGUGGCCCAGUGACUGCAGGACCCUGAGAUGUCCAAGCCCCUCAUGCUUUUCUAAAGAGGCUAAAUUGUUGCCUUGGCCCCAUCAUGGAGUAACUUAAAUUAAAAAUACGUAUCUACCAGAACAAGCCACACAACAACACACCUCCCCUCCUUGAGCCUGGCAUGCAGCACCGGGCUCUUUGAAUUUGGAAAGCGUUUCAUUUUGUGGCCCACUGCUCGAGGCAGCGGGGCUGAGCCAGGAUGUGCAAUAGAAGCAGGGGCUGUGCCCUCUGCCAGAUCCACUGGGUGCUGCCUGGGCCACCCGUGCACCUGUCCUGCCUCCUGCAGUCCCCGCUCCCUGCCUCUUGAGGGACUGGGCAGGGCAGGGUGGGGGGACAGACGGGAAAGGGUCUGAAUGCUCUGGCAAUGGUGAGAAGAAAUGACAGCCACUCUGCUGCCCAGCCACCAGGAUUUCUGCCUGGAGCCCUUUGCCCUGUCCCUGCUGCCUGAGGUGGAGUAGAGCAGAGGAGAAGAAUUUGCUCCAGGCCAGGAGCACAAAUCAUUGUUCAAUGAAUUUCUCUCCCACUCGACCUUGGUAAAUGGAAAUGUUGGGGGUGAAGAGAAACAAUCACUAUUUUUUUUUCUUUUUUUAAUCUGGUAAAUAAUUAAAAGAAAAAACUGGAACACUU